CAUUCUGUCUCACUAGUCUUUCUUUGUGCACACUGAUGUGUGCUUCAAGAAAAUUUAAACCUGUAUUAAAUGAAAAAUACUUAGAAUAAAUUAAUAGAGGUAAUUGUUACAAAGUUAAGGAAGAAAACGAGGAAUGACUGUGCCCUUUCGUUUUCUGAUCUCGCGGUGCUGAUUUCAUAGUGAGAUUGGUGCUAUGACAGAAUAUUCUUCCAUGUAUGCAUCCUUGGGUAUUUCUGUUCUGUCAUUGGUGUUGUUAUGGCAACCACUUCGUAAACAGUGAUACACCAAUGAUUCUUGUUGAUCUCGUAAGUUGUGUUUACAAGCACGAUGCGUCAAGGUGUAUCUGACAGUUCGCUUUCAAAUGAAUCAUGUGUGUCGGCUGUUCAUUUCUCAUUUUGAAAGUGUCAAACACAGACAGAAUUAAACAUAAUAGAUUGUGGCAUGUUCCGAAAGAAAGUCGUCAAUGACAUGAUUGAAAAUAUAUUGUGUUUGAUCUUGCAAUGCAGUCUGCAGAAGACGCACAUGUGUCACUUGAAAAAUCAUAUGUAGAGAGAUGCAAAUUCGCAAAAACAGAGCCUCGAAAAGAGGUGGUGAAUGCUUUGAAAGUGGCAGAAGACACGGGAGUUCUUGAUUUAUCAUCUAUUAAUUUGAACUUAUGGUCGUGGCAAACUCUUGGAAAACUUCUUGCAUCAUCUUGUCGUAUCCGAAAAUUGAAUCUGAGUAAUUGUUUGAUUCCUCCACGUGGUAUAGCUGCAAUUUUUGCUGUACUCAGCCAAGGGACUUACAUUGAAGAUUUAGAUUUGAGAGGAAAUAACAUCCAGACUUCUAGUGUUUCAUAUCUUUCCAAAAUGAUCAGAUAUAAUAUAUCACUGAAAAGGAUUUCCUUGGAAUGGAACUGUAUUGGCCUUUUAUUGGAUACUUUCACACUAUUCUGUGAUGGUUUAGCUGUUAAUCAAAUGAUAGAAGUUCUAGAUUUGAGGAAUAAUCAAUUAAAUGUAGAAUGUGCACCUGCUCUAGCUAAUGCGCUGGCAAAAAAUUCUUCUCUUAAAUGCAUCGAUUUGCGAUGGAAUAAUUUGGGUUGGAGAGGUGGACAGCUGCUUUAUUCUGCUCUUCAAACUAAUCAGUCUCUUAUCAAAAUAAAACUUCAGGGCAAUUGUAUACCUUUGGAAUUAACAACUGCAAUUGAUCAAUGUGCAUUGCAUAAUACUACUCGAGCAACAUUGUUAGAAGAAUGUGCUCAACGCACAGAAUUACUAUCACAACAGCUUCGAAAGGCAGAAGAAGAGCGUGUUCGUGAGAUACAAAAUCUUGCACAAAGAAGUGAAGAGAAAGUGCAGCUUAUUACACAGGCUAGUCAAAGCCGCAUUGAACAGAUGGAGAACCAAGUGGCAGAGAAAGACAAGUACAUAAAAGAACUUGAAAAACAAGUAAAAACUAUUAAUGAGGAAUCACAGAAACGAUUUGAUUUGGUUCGUCAACUUCAGUUGCAAUUAAAAGAGCGAGAUUCUGUGUAUCAGGAAUUGUUACAGGAAUCACGGAAAGAUUGUGAUGAUUUUAACAAGAAACUUUCAACUAAAGAUGAGGAGAUUUUAGAUCUUCAGAAUGACCUGAAAGCGAAACUUACAGCUGAGCAGAAACGUCGACAAGCUCUAGAAGCUGUGAAUAUUAGCCAAAGUGAAGAAAUUACCAGGCUGGAAGGAGAAUUAAUACAAGUGAAAGACAGAUUAGCACGCUCCCGCAAACAGUUUGAGGAGCAUUUGGAGCUACAAAAGGCUUCUGAUAAAGAAUUACUUGACUUGGAAACUCGUGAAAAUGAAAAGCGUUUAAUUCAUCUUCAGUCAGAGUUAACAGCCCAGAAAAAUUCUCUACAGAUGCGGAUUUCAGAAUUAGAGCGAAGUCUAGAAGAGAAGGAGCAUUUGCGAGCAGAUUUGAAUAGUGUUCUCUCCAGAGAAAGAGCACGUCGUGAAGAGGAAAUUUCUUUGGCAGUUCAAGAAACAAAAAUGCGUGAGGCAUCUCGGGUAGCUCAAUUAGAAGAUCGCUUGACAACGCUGCGGGAGGAGCGUUUGCAAUUUGAAAAGCAACUGAUGCAAACCCAAAAUCAGAUACAACAGCUACAGCAACAGAAUAGUUCAUUAAUUGCAGAAAUGGCCGAUUCUCAAAAGAAGUUUUCUACAUUACAUGAGGAACUAUCAUCUGAGAGAUUGAAUUGUCAACGUCUUCGACAAGAACUUGCAGAUGAGAAUUCAAAGUUGCAGAGUAAAUCCCAAGCAGCAGACAAACUACAAUCUGAAGUUGAUCGUCUUCAUCAGCAAGUGUCAGAUCUCUUGAGAGGUCAUUUAGACAUAAAACAUGAGCGACAAGUAGAGCGAGAGCGUUUGGAGACUUUAAUGGAACAACGAGAUCGUGAAAUUGAAAAUAUAAGGGCUCAAGAGGUUGAAAGAGCUAAUAAUUUAUAUGCAGCAUUCAGUAAAUACCUUAGUAGUGUCAGUACAUCUCCAAGCAAAACACACAUUUCUCAUUCUUAAUAAAACAUUAAGUUUAGAAAUAUUUUUCUUUUCUUUUAGUUUCUCACUUUGAACUUCACAUUCAUGUUAAGAAUGAUUUUGAGACAUGUUUGUUUUAUCGUUUUUCUCACUGAGCUUCAAAAGUUUGUAUUGAGUAAUUUUGAAUUUUUUUUCUUUUUUUCGAUUUUGAAAAUAACGACACCCUAAACCAUAGAUGCUAGCAUAAUUAUUUGCAGGGGGACCUUCCAGAAGAAAAUAUGCUAAAAACUUUAACCUGGUUUAUAAUAAUAAUUUUGAUAACAUUUAGAGAUGGUCCAUGGAUUCCUGAGGCUGUUGCCAUACAUCCAUUGCCAUACAUCCCUUGCAUCAUAUACAUCCAUUGCCAUACAGAGCAGGCAACGUGUUUCCAGUCAUCAACAGUCCAGUGUCCUUGAUGAUGGGCCCAGGUGAAACGAAAGUUUUGGGUUGUAUUGUACACAAGAGGGCCUUCCGCUCCGAAACCCCAUAUCGAUAAUGGCUCAUUGAAUGGUUCUAAGCUUGACAUGAAAGAGAAAAUUGGUCCAGAUGGGAUACUUACAAUUUUGCUAAAAAAUUGUAAAUUUGUCUUCUCCUGAUUGCUGAAGGUUCUAUUUUAUAAAUCUUUAUUUGAAGGUCUGUUUCCAAUGGAGUGGAAAUCCUCAUACAUUAUGGCAUAAGAAGUUCCCCAACAGGACAGGAAUUGAUGGAUUGACAAACAGUUCCAUGGAAGUGUCAAGUAUCUGACUAAUUAUUCCUACUCACUUGCUGUUUGAUGAUGUUUUUCCAUCUAUGGCUGUAAUUAAAUGUUUCAAUGAUCACUCAUUUGUUUGGAGAGUAAAAAUUAACCAGAUCAAUUUUGAGACCCAGCUUCAGCUUAAGUGCACGAGACCAAUAACCCAACCUGUGUUCAGAUUUAUGGAUUCAUCUCCAAUGGCCUUGAUCAAUUACUUUCAUAUAAAUAAAAUGAAUUAAAAUAAUUUUAAGGCCAAAAGGAACAGACAUAAAAGUUCACAUUUAUUAAAAUCCUUGAACUAUAUGACAUUUCAAUACUAUGGAUUGGGGUUUUCAUCAGGAAAUAUAAAAUAUGAUAAAAACUAAGUAAAAAUAAUGGUACAAAAUGAUACUAAUAAGUC